ACACUUCUUUCAAUCCGCUGAACUCGGGGGCAAGACCGAAGAACACUUACUUUUUUUUUUCUCUGUGUUUAUGGAAAUGAGGUGCUCGGGAGGAGUUCAGAUGCUUCAAAUUCUAGGGCUUGUGCUAGUCCUUGGCAUCCCUAAUUGUGAAGCUGUUCUUCGCCAUAAGUUCGUGAUCAAGGAAACAAACUAUACGAGGCUAUGCAGCACGAAGAGCAUACUAACCGUCAACGGCCAAUUCCCCGGACCGACUUUAUACGCACACAAAGGUGAUACGGUCAUCGUGGAUGUGUAUAACAAGGCCAAUUAUAACGUUACCAUUCACUGGCACGGUGUGAAACAACCAAGGAAUCCUUGGCAUGAUGGUCCCGAAUACAUCACGCAGUGCCCAAUCAAACCUGGAGGGAAAUUCACGCAAAAUGUAACAUUCUCACUUGAGGAGGGAACGCUUUGGUGGCAUGCUCACAGUGACUGGACACGUGCCACCGUCCAUGGUGCCAUUAUCGUUUAUCCAAAGAAAAGCACGAGCUAUGCUUUUGCUAAGCCUCAUACAGAAGUGCCAAUUAUAUUAGGGGAAUGGUGGAAACAAGAUAUAGUCGACAUAUAUGAUGAGUUUCUUCAAUCUGGAGGAGAUCCAAACAUUUCAGAUGCUUAUCUUAUUAAUGGUCAACCGGGCGAUUUGUAUCCAUGCUCAAAACAAGAUACGUUCAAGCUGGUUGUGGAGUACGGCAAAAGCUACCUCCUCAGGGUCAUCAACGCGGCGUUGCAAGACAUCCUCUUCUUCGCGAUCGCAGGUCACCAGGUCACAGUGGUUGGCACCGAUGCUUCCUACACGAAGCCCCUGAAGGUCGACUACAUCACCAUCUCCCCAGGUCAAACCAUCGACCUUCUCUUGGAGGCCAACCAGCCCAAGGACCAUUACUACAUGGCUGCUAGGGUUUACUCAAGUGCAACCGGCGUUGAGUUUGACAACACGACCACCACGGCCCUAAUCCAAUACAAAGGUCGAUACACACCGUCCUCGCCUCCUCCUUUACCUUACCUUCCAUACUACAAUGAUACGGCUGCAUCGGUCAACUUCACCGGCAGGCUCCGGAGCUUAGCUAGCGGGGAACACCCGGUCCCUAUCACCGUCCCGCAAACCGUGACCCACAAAUUCCUGUUCACCGUCUCAGUGAACACGUUCCCUUGCGUGAACGACUCGUGUGCCGGGCCCAACGGGUCCCGCCUCGCUGCAAGCGUGAACAACAUAAGCUUUGUGUCCCCGUCGAUCAGCAUACUCCAAGCCUAUUACUACCACAUCAAGGGCGUGUUCGGCACCCGGUUCCCGAGUAAGCCCCCGCUCGAGUUUAACUAUACUGCAGAUUACCUCCCACUGGCCGUGAGGACGCCACGAAACGGGACGGAGGUCAAGGUGCUCAAGUACAAUGCGACAGUGGAGAUGGUCUUUCAGGGGACCAACGUGGUGGCGGGGACCGAUCAUCCCAUGCACCUCCAUGGGACCAGCUUUUACGUGGUGGGGUGGGGAUUUGGCAAUUUCGACAAAAAGAAGGACCCCAAAAAAUAUAAUUUGGUGGACCCUCCAUUGCAGAAUACCAUCGCGGUGCCCAAGAAUGGAUGGGCCGCGGUGAGAUUCCAAGCCUUCAAUCCAGGAGUUUGGUUCAUGCAUUGUCAUCUCGAACGACACUUGUCAUGGGGCAUGGAGAUGGCAUUCAUCGUUAAGGAUGGCCCGACCUCAGAGUCGCAGAUGCUUCCACCUCCGCCGGGCAUGCCUCCGUGCUGAUGUAAUGGAACAUAUGGGUUGUUAUUAGUCCCCGUUUGAAGUGUUCUUGUUGAGACGUCAAUCUUUUAUAUUUCAUUUUUGUUAGUUUGCAGUAUUUGAAAGUUUAAGGGGGCAUCUGAAUCGGAAUUCAGUUGCUGUCCUAAUCAAGACACGCAAUGCUUGAUUUGUCCGGUCAUAAGAGGAGAAGUUGUAGGAUUGUUUUUUUUUUUUUUUCCGUUUUUGAGCGGAAGAAAUGUACUCUUCUCAUUCUCUAUACUUGUUGUAAGAAGUUGCUGAUCAAGAAUAAAACAACCUGUGAUCAUAUUAUA